UACACGUUGUAGUGAGUUUAUUGAGGAGAGUUUCAUUUUUGAUACUAAAAGAUUACUAUUCCACUGAUAGCUGACAAGUUUACUUGCCAAAGUUUUCAAUGUUGAUGGGGGUCCCAAGUUAGAUCAGAAGAAGCUAUCAUCGAUGUGAUUAAAUCUCUCGGACGGUAAACCGGAUUAAUCAUUCCCUUGGCCUUACAUUGACUGCCUGGUGUGUGUGGUGCUUUUCUAAAUUUCUCUCCAGUUUUCCAUCAAGUUCACCAAAAUGCAUCCAGGAAUCGGGAUUGCCCUUGUGAUGAUUGGGUGCUGCAGCAAUGUUUUCUUCCUUGAGCUUCUUAUCAAGGAAAUUCCCAGCAGCGGUAACAUUGUUACCUUCAUGCAGUUUCUCUUCAUUGCGUCGGAGGGUCUUUUGUUCACCACCAAAUUUUUUACUGUAGAAAGAAAUAUACCAUUUAAGAAUUAUUUAACGAUGGUUGCGAUAUUCUUUGUUGUACAAGUGGUAAACAACUAUGCGCUCAACUUCAACAUCUCGAUGCCACUACACAUGAUAUUCAGGGCGGGAAGUCUGAUGGCCAAUCUCAUUCUUGGAGUGAUUAUACUUAAAAAGGAGUAUAAGAUCUCCAAGUAUUUGUCUGUCCUCAUGAUCAGUAUUGGCAUAGCUAUUUGUACAAUCGUCUCGUCUCAAGAUGUGAAAGGACACAGGAAAGCAGGUGUUGAUGAAGGUCCACCGUCUGAAGAAGAUCUGCUUCAUGAGUACCUGAGGUGGUGUGUUGGUAUCGCUAUGCUGCUGUUUGCCUUGUUCAUGUCUGCGAGGAUGGGGAUCUUCCAGGAACAGAUCUACGCCAGGUUUGGAAAGCACCCAAAGGAGGCAUUGUUUUACAAUCAUGCAUUGCCACUGCCAUUUUUCAUAUUCUUGGCCGGUGAUAUCUGGAACCACUGUGUACUUUUCUCUCAAUCAGCACCUAUGGACAUCCCGAUCAUUGGAAUUCAGUUCCCGAAGAUGUGGAUGUACCUGCUUGGUAAUGUCAUCACACAAUAUAUUUGUAUCUCUGGCGUCUUCAUCUUGACAACGGAAUGUGCAUCUUUGACGGUGACCUUGGUGGUGACCUUGAGAAAGUUCAUCAGUCUCAUCUUCUCAAUUUUCUACUUCAAGAACCCGUUCACGUUGUACCACUGGAUUGGGACGGCGAUGGUCUUCUCCGGUACGCUCAUCUUCACAGAGGCGUUUACCAAGACACGUGAUGCCAUCUUUCCACCAAAGUCUGUUGAGAAGAGAGAAUAAUUGCAUUACCAAACAUCCUAUGUUAAAAAUUGUACUUAAAAAGACAAUUUGAGAGUGCUCCUGUUUGAAUCAGUGCACUUGUUGAUUCAUUCUGAGAGAACAGAAAUUCCAAAUUGCACUCAAAAUUGAAAUAGCGUGUGACUGCAGUUUUCGAAAAGCAAUAAAAUGCUGACUAUGACAUUAAAGGUAAACAAUGUCUGACACCUCUUUAGGUUGUUGAACUUUUCCCUAUUCUAUAUAAAUUACUCUUGACUGUUUCCCCUGGUCAGUGGAGCAGAAGUUCAACUCAAGAGAUGAGGUCUGAAGUUAGUGCCGUAGGUACUCAGCAAUACUCAUGGAAGAGUGUGUGUUACCACUUCCAGCCCUUGGGCAAGGUAGAAAUAACUGUACUCCUGGUUUCAUUCAAACCGCAUUCUUUUUGAUUGGUGUACAUUGUACACUUAACCACAAAAUUUCACAACCUUCAUAAGUUACUUUGUAUCAUUGUGCAUUCCUGCAUCAUUUAGCAUCAAUUACACAUUGUCCAUAGUGUUACCAACAGCUUUAGGAGUGUACAGUUUAGCAAGACCUUUUCUUAAGCUAAUGCUUAUGUUGUUAUCAUGUUUAUAGUAGUAUGUAUGUUAUUUCAACAUACAUGUAGCUAUAUGUAUAGUGACUAUUGUUUUUUUAGAUAUUGUUGAUCAUGAAUAGUUUAUUAAAUAUUCACUUUGUUGUUGUCUACAUUGAGAUUGUCAGCUGGAUUUACAUGUAAUGGGGAGUUAGUGCCGUCUUUGUAGAGGAAUUGGGUGCUUUCCAAGGUUUGCAUUACCGUUUGAAAUCCCAUAUUACAUUUGUAUCUUCAAUUAACCAUUCAAAGGUACCCUACUCUAGCCUGCCUGAAAUUGGAGGUUACUUGAGGUUGCUAAAAGAUAAUCGCUGUAACAAUGGGUGAUAUGAAUAAAGACUAGCAAAUGCUUUUAUCUACAACUCCAUGUACAUUUACACUAGGCCUUUCUGUACAAAAUUGAAGUAAAAGCAUUUGCUAGCCUUUGUUCAUAUCACCCAUUGUCAUGAUUAUACAUGUACAGGGUAAAGAAUAUUGUGUAACCAUUCUUAUUUCCUUUCCCCAACAAAGUGAGUAAGUACAUUAAGGAUGUAUGUCCGUGUAUGUGUUUGUGGUUUAUCCCAGAUGAUUCAUCUGAAGUGCUACAUUGUACGCAUGUACAAACAUACUGACACAUCUCUUCUCCGACUGACAAUGCAGGUAGUGCACAUAGAAGUCCCAUUUUAGAAUGGGUGAUAAGAAAUCAUGUAAACCGGUAGAAUUUAGAAGGAUUUCCGCCCUGUCCGGUCUCGAAUAUAUCUUGUACAGUUCGAAUCAGAAUGAAUACAUUGUAUUGGGUGUCUUUUUCUAUUGCAUACAUUGUACAUAUAAGAAUAUUGGAGUAUUAAUAUAUAGUUUUAC